UUACCUUCAAAAGACAGUUGCUGCAGCAACAAGGCGACUUGUGGUCACCGACGAUGAAGUUGCGCGCUGGUCGCACAGCUUAGAUUCGCGAUUUUCCAUAACGGUGUGUCGAUCGUCGCGAAAUUAACAAGUUUCCACGCGAAUAACAGGCGUCGAAGAUGGCGUAAGCGAUUUGUGAAAGGACACGAAGUAGCCGGACACCUGUUUCACGCGCGAUACCGCGCCGAUUCGAGCGACACGCAUAGUGAUCCUGGGAGUACAAUUUCAUUCAAGCUACGAGAAACAUCGUUCCUGUAGAUUCUGUACAAUAUUUUUCUCGAUAUUGCCGCGGUCGAAAAUCUCGAAACCGUUUUGUAUUCAUUGAACAUCGAGCGUUAAGUGAACAGUGACACUCUGAUUCAAAAACGUGAUCGUGAUUAACCCCCUGGAAUUUGUUUCGCGAAAAAUUUAAUUAAUCGGUUAUAGAAAGUUUGAAGCCUAAGAGGCGACGAGGAGGACAGUAUGAGGCUAUUUUGCUCGCAGAAGGACGAAUCGUCGUCGGCGCCAAAGAUCACCGAUGGCUGCACAGGAGGAACGAGAGGCAGCGAGCAGGAAGUGGAUCGCUUCGGAUACUAUCAAAUGAUUAUGUUCGCGAUAAUUAGCUUGCCUCUGUUCUUGUCAGCAGGAUUCACGCUUGCCUACGUGUUCACAGCUGGGGAAGUUAAGUACAGGUGUUUGGUGCCAGAAUGCGAAGCCCCAAACAACACGAAGUACAAUGUGCCAUGGGCAGCGGAUUCUGUUCCAGAACUGUCAGAAAUGUCCAAGUGCGUUCGUUACGUCGUUCGAAAUCAUACUGAUACUUGUACGAGUCAGUCGUUCAGCAAUGAGACUCUCAAUUGCGAUUCCUGGGUCUACGAUCCGUCGGAGAACACGGUGCUCAGCGAGUGGGACCUCACCUGUGACAUCAAUCGAUGGAAACUCACGUUGGUGGGUACGAUAAAUAACGUUGGCCAAUUCGUUGGAUUGAUCUUCGCUGGAUACAUAUCGGACAGAUACGGAAGACGCACAGUUUUGACACUCAUCACGUCCCUGAGCGGAAUCAGCGGCCUGAUACAUUCUUUUUCCGUGAAUUAUUGGAUGUUUCUAGCGUUCGAAUUUAUCGACGCGACUGUCGCGGCCGGUAUCUACAGCGCUGGAUUUAUUUUAGGAAUGGAGAUGGCAGGAGUGAAAGGCAGAGUUCUAGCGAGCACGAUCAUUUGCUGCAUGUUUGCAGUGGGUGAGAUGCUGUUGGGAUUGAUCGCAAUGUGGUUGAGAUCGUGGCGGUUGAUCCUCCGGAUGGUAUACGGUCCGGCUUUGCUCGCCAUUUUCCUGCCGUUCCUGAUCCCGGAAUCAGUCAGGUGGCUAUUGGCGAAAGGGAAACACGAGAAGGUGGAGAGCAUAUAUCGUAAAAUGGCGCGUAUUAACGGGCUGCAAAUCUCGGAAGAGGCGAUUGGAGCGUUCAAGGAUAUGAAUAUGGUGAAGGCCGAGAAGACGGAACAUGCAAACGAUAAUAAAACACCGUUCAUGCAAGUUUUGAAUAGCUCGGUGAUGCUUACACGUUUAAUGGCCUGCUCGUUUUGCUGGCUGACGAACACCUUCGUCUAUUAUGGAUUAUCGCUGAAUUCCGUGGCCUUUGCCGGCGAUAAAUACACCAAUUUCAUACUGGUCGCCCUUGUGGAGAUACCAGCUUACUUUCUGACCUGGUUUUUAACCGAUUACAUCGGUCGUAAGGCGACCCUCUCCUCGUCUUUCUUACUAAGCGGUGCAUUCUGCCUCGCGAUACAGUUCGUACCUGCAGAUUCGUUGAGUUUCUUGCCACUGAUUUUGUACAUGGGAGGGAAAUGGUGCAUCACGAUGUCAUUUUCCACCGUUUACAUUUACACGGCUGAGCUGUUCCCCACGAAUCUGAGACACUCGCUGCUCGGUAUCUGCAGCAUGACUGGCCGCAUGGGGUCAAUAUUGUCACCCCAAACUCCCCUUCUGGCACAAAUUAUGCCAGAGUUACCGCUCAUUCUUUUCGGCUGCAUGGCAUUGUCGGCGGGUCUGCUGUCUCUAUUCUUCCCGGAAACGCUGGGAACCAAACUCCCGGACACUGUAUGGGAAGCGGAGAACAUAGGGAAAUCAGAGGUGAAGCAAGAGAUCCAGGAUUCGCCUUCUUAGAGAGAAAAUACACGCGUUUCGUUGUAGAGAAAUAAAAUAAAAAAGCAGUAAUGGAUAUCAGAAGUUUUCAAAUUCAGAAAGCUAAAAGUAAGAAACGAAACGAGCUUAACGUUGGAGAUCCUCGACAAUCGCGAUCAAUUUGUCAUGAAAUUUACCAAACGAGUCAACGACUCAUCGAUUGUGGUCAAUCAACAGGAUGAAGGAUUGGCAGGGUAUCGCGAACGGUUUCGAUAAAUCGUUGUCUCGUUAUUUCAUUUUUCUCGGCUGACAGAUAUCGCGCAUACGAUGUAUAAUGAAUUUUUAAUACGAUUAAUUGUGCCUCGUUAAAGGUUAUCGUUGUUCACGUUAUCUGUCGUCUAGAGGUCUACGCACGAUGAGUCAGUUUGCUGCAUGAUGCUUUUUCUUCUUUUUCUUCUUUUUCUUAGGAGAAAACACGAUAUUAUGCUCAGGUAUUUAUACAGUAUUGGUACAUCAUGUCUGUAAACGUAUCAAUCGGUAAUUAAUUAUCAACCCCGGUAGUUUUUCCUUCUACUGCUGUUAACACGUUAAAUGUCCCAUUGAAAAUUAAUUGUAAUUUCAUUGCAAAUUUUCUAGAUUGGAAAAAAUAUUUUUAAUAUUUUUUAAUUGAUGGACUCGACGAAAUCCCUUAGUGUUUAUAGGGCUAAAGUUAAUGCUACCUAUUGUUAAAAUUUUAAAAAAUUUGUGUAUAAUUAAGUUACUCUGGGGUUACUAGUGACCCCCAGACAUUCAACGUGUUAACUAUUCCGAUUGUUGUCACAUCGAGUAUCACCGUGCCAUGAUAGUGCAUCCUUUAGGAACAAUAGCAAUAAUUUAAUCACAUACACAUCUAUAUGUACACAUAUAUGCCUAUAUUUAUAUUUCGCGAAGAAUACGUAGUGUACAAAAGAAUAUAGAGUACAAUGGUUACUGGAAAUUGCAUGUGUAUUGAGCAUUGGUUUAAGCCAAGAUACUGUUCUGAUGAAUAACAAAUGCAUUUCACUGUAAGAUCAAUACUUGUAAUGAUGGAAAUAUUACGAUCAAAGAUUGCGAACGCGUUGUACAUUUUACCGGUAUGAAAAAUAAUUUUCUUAAUAAGUGUUAUAUGGGAGUAUUGAACGAUGUUAAUUAUUCUGAAGUUUUUAGUAUGGAGUGUUAUAGUGAUUGUUAAAAUGACGUUGAUAUUUCCAUCGUGACGUCAGAUGCAAACAUUUAUUGAUAUUAUAAGCAACCGUAUUGUUAAGAUCCAGUGAAGAACAUGUAUAUGUAAUAAAGUAUAUAUGUACUGGCAUUUACGAAA